AUGUCUGGGCGCGGGAAGCAGGGCGGCAAGGCUCGCGCUAAGGCCAAGACGCGCUCGUCGCAGGGCCGGGCUUGCCAGUUCCCGGUGGGCCGCGUCCACCGCCUGCUCCGCAAGGGCAACUACGCGGAGCGGGUCGGGGCGGGCGCGCCGGUGUACCUGGCGGCCGUGCUGGAGUACCUGACGGCCGAGAUCCUGGAGCUGGCGGGCAACGCGGCCCGCGACAACAAGAAGACGCGCAUCAUCCCGCGCCACCUGCAGCUGGCCAUCCGCAACGACGAGGAGCUCAACAAGCUGCUGGGCCGCGUGACCAUCGCGCAGGGCGGCGUCCUGCCCAACAUCCAGGCCGUGCUGCUGCCCAAGAAGACCGAGAGCCACCACCACAAAGUCCAAAGCAAGUAGCACUUCCAAGUCCUGAAUCCCAGGGAGUGAUCUGAACGUUGUGAGAAGAAAAACCAAAGGCUCUUUUCAGAGCCACCCAAAUGAUCAGUGAAGGCUGUGCAUGUGCUGCCGUAUAUGUGAUGUCCAUACAUGCGUGUACCUACGCAGUGAAUCUUGGUAAAAAUCC